AACGCGCCCGAAACCGCUCGGGCUGCAGCCUCUCGUUGGGCCGUGCUGUGUUGGUUUUGCAGCCGUGUGUUUAAUUUACUGCCACUGAUUGGUAUACUUACAUGAGGGGCGGGGGGGCUCUGUGAGGGAGGCUCUUUGUUGCAGAUCGAAGGAGCUCGCUGUCGGGCUGCUCUCAGGCUCACCUGGAACCUGCAGUACAGGGGCUUUGUCUUCUCGGCGGCGGAGCCAUGGGAAGCAAGAAGAAGGAAAUCGCCCUGCAGGUCAACAUCAGCACCCAGGAGCUCUGGGAGGAGAUGCUCAGCUCCAAAGGACUGACUGUUGUGGAUGUCUAUCAAGGGUGGUGUGGCCCCUGCAAGCCUGUGGUGAGCCUGUUCCAGAAGAUGAGGAUGGAGGUUGGCCUCGACCUCCUGCAUUUUGCAUUGGCAGAAGCAGAUUAUCUUGACGUCCUUGAAAAAUACCGCGGGAAGUGUGAGCCAACCUUUCUGUUUUAUGCGGGAGGCGAGCUGGUGGCCGUGGUCCGGGGGGCCAACGUCCCACAGCUGCAGAGCACCAUCCGCGACCAGCUGGCGGCGGCGGCGAGCGCGCUGAGCCCAGGCCCAGAGCGCAAAGCGAUCAGAGAUGAGGCGCUUGCUGAGGAAGGUGAAUGUUUUUCCCGUGUAAAGGACGACGGUGAAGAUGAGGACGUGGGUGAGUUCAGAACCAGUGAGCAAGUUUCAUCGGGAAAGACUUGUACCUUGGCCAUCAUUAAACCCGACGCAGUGAUGCACGGAAACUCUGAGGAGAUCGUCAUGAAGAUUCAAGAAACCGGGUUUGACAUCUUAACCAAUGAAGAGAGAACCAUGACGGAGGCAGAAAUGCGGCUCUUCUACCAGCACAGAGCCGGAGAGGAAGCAUUCGAGCAGCUGAUACACCACAUGUGCAGUGGACCAAGCCAUCUCCUGAUCCUCACCAGGACGGAAGGGGCCGAGGACGUGGUCACCGCCUGGCGAAGCAUCAUGGGACCCUGUGACCCUGAUGUGGCCAGGAGGGAGCAACCCGACAGUCUCCGCGCUCAGUACGGCACAGUGAUGCCCUUCAACGCUGUGCAUGGGAGCCAGGAUGCAGCCGCUGCCCGCAGAGAGCUGCUGCUGCUCUUCCCCAGCUUCAAGUUCUCCGAGGAAGAGACAGGGGCCGCCCCGGGGAAGUCACCGAAGCAGAUUCUGGCUUCGUAAACCGGAGGUGAAAAGCAAUAUUUGACUUUGUACUUGUGUACAUGUGAGGAUAAUAAAAACUAAUUGGUCACCAAGG